UGCUCAAAGUGCAGGAUAGGGUGCAGUGACCGGCAGUUUGGGUUGCAAACACACACACCAUUUAUAAUAACAGACUCUGGAUAUUCAACCACAUAGCACCUAUAGAUCCAUAACUUCUAGAGGCUGAUGAAGGAGGCUGAGGAACCGGGAUCGGUUAAGGGGGCUGUAGUCAUGACAACAGAAUACCAUGACGAUUUCAACAACACAGACACCAGCGAUAUCCGAACCUUGUGGACCAAAGAGCCUGAAUUAGGAAAAGUAGACAGAGAGAAGUGGAAAUGGGCGGGGCCUGUUCUGUGUGCUGCCGUCCUAUUGGCUCUCAUCAUCUCUGUCUCCAUCAGCAAUAUAAAGACAGAUAACAGGUUCUCAUCAGUGGAGAAGAUUGUGGCCAACCUGAGUUCUGUCAUUCAGACCACCACCACCGCUCUAGAACAUAGUAAAGCCUCAGAGGAAGUGCUGCAGAAAGAGGUUGGAAGGCUGAAGUUCUUAAUGGAAAUGACGAGACAAAAGCUGGAUUCAGUGUCAGAGAAGAUGAAGGGGAUAAAUGAAGUGGAAUCUCUUCGGUCUAGUAUAGCCAACAUCAAGUGUACUCUACAAAGACUCCUAAACAAUGGGACUUCAGUGGGGUGCUGUCCACUAGGCUGGGUGGUGUCUGGGUCCAGCUGUUAUUUCUUCUCAUCUGAUGGGUUGCCAUGGAACCAAGCCAGAGACUACUGCUUUCAAUCUAACGCUCAGCUGGCUGUUCUCAAGACUCCACAGGACUGGGACUUUGUGACGUCCCACACCAUGCCACUGUUCUACUGGCUGGGUCUGAGUGAUGAGAGGACUGGAAACUGGGAGUGGAUUGAUGGAACACCUUAUAUCAUGGACCGCAGUCAGUGGAAGCCCGGUCAGCCUGAUAACUGGAAGGGUCAUGGUCUGGGCGGGACAGAGGACUGUGCUAUGAUCCAUUCUAACGGUCAGCUCAACGACGACCACUGUACCCGAUCUUACCGCUACGUCUGUCAGGGACACACAAUGAAACCAACACAAUAAACACACACACACAGGGACACACAAUGAAACAAACACAAUGAACACACACACACAGGGACACACAA